CGGGCUGGUAUAGCGAUGAUCCCAUCCCAUCCGCUCUCUACUCACAUUCUUUCUUCAAUGUCAGUGUUUUUUUCUUUUUUUAAUUCUCCUCUUUGAUAGCAACGUCGAGUGCCGUCUUGGACCAAGCCGCAGAAUAGUGCGUCGUCUAUACCGCACUUUGUGUGUGCUUUAAGUCAUGGCCCCUACACGGUCUUUACCCGUAUCCUUUCUUUUCUAUUUAGCGGUCUUUGGACUCGUCAAGGCAGACACAAAGCCUAUCGCGGCGACAUGGUCCAGCUCGACGUUUGGACCUGAUGGUCCUUGGCCGGCGAUUGAGGUGACAAUGGGUAGCGAACAGAAGAUAUCGCUGUACCCAGGGCGGGAAUUUCAAACCUUUCUUCUAACAAGCGAUUACUGCAAUCACAAUACGACGAUUCCGUGUUAUGCUAACCAAGCUGGACUCUACAACGAUGCUCAGUCGCAGGUGGAUACUACGGGGUCAACGGGGUCGAUUCAAUAUCAGUCAAAUCCAGACUAUAUGCAAGGUGUAGAAGUGCUAGGCGAUUUGACGAAGUCGUGGGUCGACUCGAUGGAAUUUGGAGGUACGACGAUAGAGAACGUCUCGUUGUCUUUGUUGAGCGAGUCAUAUAUGGCUUACCCAAAUGGUCAGUGGUAUCCGUUGACGGUAGGCUGCUUGGGGAUAGGAGCCCCGGCAACAAUUAACCAGUCCUUCUCCAACGACUAUGGACCGCUCAUUAAUGCGAGUCUCGCCCCUGGAUAUUUAUGGUCUCACAACACUAUCGCAUCCAACUCUUUCGGCAUGCAUAUAGGAUCCGCAAACCCCCGGAUGUCGGGAUCGUUUUACUUUGGCGGUUACGAUCAGAACCGUAUCGUGGGGGAUAUUCUUACGUAUUCUGACGACAUUACGAAAGAUAUCACCUUGAGAGACAUCAGUAUCAAAGUGAUAGAUGGUUCUUCGCCAUGGAAAUUUGAAUCUUUGGACGGCCUCCUCGCAGCCGACAACUCAUCUAUCACUUCUGGAGGUGUCCAAGUCUCUGUCGAUGGUUGUUCUCCUUACCUAUCGCUACCCAAGUCGACAUGCGAUGCUAUUGCGAAGAAUUUGCCUGUGACGUAUAAUGAGGACCUCGGUUUAUAUUUCUGGAAUACCGACGAGCCGAAAUAUACGCAAAUUGUUAACUCGGCCUCUGUCUUGGAGUUCGUUUUUAUAGGCGACUCGAACACAAAGAACGUUUCCAUCUCUGUUCCCUUUCGGCAUUUAAACCUCACGCUGACAGCCCCAUUGAUCGACAAAUCAACGCAAUAUUUCCCGUGCUAUACAGGUCCUGCCAAGAUCUACACUCUUGGCCGUGCUUUUCUCCAAGAUGCGUUUGUUGGUGCGAAUUGGGGUACCAAAUCGUGGUGGCUCGCCCAAGCACCUGGUCCUAACAUACCAGCUCCCUCUGUUGUUGAGCUUGCGGACAGCGAUUCGAUCAAGGCUAGCUCAAACGACUGGAAAGAAUCGUGGUCAGGAUCCUGGACAGCUCUUAAGCCUAGCGAUGUAGAAAGCUCGGCCACCGUGAGCCCUCCUACCGCAACUAACGCAGCCUCCCAAGAAACUGCUUCCCCAGCGGCUGGUCUUUCGACAGGAGCCAAGGCUGCCAUCGGGGUAUGUGUUGGCGUCGCAGGCUUAGCACUGAUCGCUGCCCUUGCCUUCUUUUUCCUACGCCGUCGCAAGGCACCUGCUCCCGAAGGCCCGGUCCCUAAUGCAACAUAUACGGCUCAUAAUAACCCUGAGCAAGGAUACUACGCGCCUGUCAAAAAUCCCAGCUCGCCGGGCGUGUCAGAGAUGUCUUCAGGCACUCUAGUGCAACCGCCAAACAUGGCAAUGUAUAAUCAGCAGUACUCCCAGCAAUACCCGCAACAAUAUCCUCCCCAACCAUAUCUCCAGCAAUAUCCCCAGCAGUACCCUCAACAAUAUUUACAACCAUACGGGCAGCCUUACAGCACCGAACUUCCUGCUGUCGGCAAUACACCAACAGAGCUGCCUGGGUCAGCGACGUACGCUCCACAGCUACUUGAUGGGACUCAAGUUUACGGUCAGACAUCGCCGCUUCAAAAUCACGCGCCGCCGCAAUCGCCACAUUCGCCGGGCCACGGCGCAAACCAACCACCUACGCAGGAACAGCAUGGACAAAUAUGAUACUAAUCUCAUCUUGCGGGGGCUAGAGAUUGGGAAAGUGGGAAAUAGACUUGGGCAUAAAAUUUUUAUUUGACACUGAAAAUCUGCGUUACAUGGUUCUAAUAUUCUAGGAAUUUUCUUCUUUUUUAUCCUGGAGUUGCAUACGAUCUGUGCAUAAAUACGCGUGUCAGAUUUUGGGAUAGGCAAUGAG